CUGGAGUCUAAUGCCACUUCGUCAUUUUUUCCGUCGCCAUUGUUCUCGUUCUCGGCCGUCGAAUUUGUGGAAAUAAACUCAAUUUCCCAUAAAUUCAUUGCAAUAAAUACAAUAGCCAGUUACAAAACAUACAAUAGCAAUAGUGCAAGAGCAGUGCGUGCAAUUUAGUGAUACAAUUGAAGCAAGCAGACCGCGCAAGUCGAAGAAACAGCCAACGCAAAGUAGCCAGGCAAGGGAAGAAAUCGAAUCGAAUAUUUGUUCGUGGCAAAUAUAUAUUCUUGUGAAAAAUACCCAAAAUGUCAUCUGUGAAUCCCGAAUACGAUUAUCUCUUCAAACUGUUGCUGAUUGGUGAUUCCGGCGUUGGAAAGUCCUGUCUGCUGCUGCGAUUUGCCGAUGACACAUAUACAGAAAGCUAUAUCAGCACAAUCGGUGUAGAUUUUAAAAUUAGAACCAUAGAACUUGACGGAAAGACCAUUAAACUGCAAAUUUGGGAUACUGCUGGUCAGGAGCGUUUCCGUACCAUCACUUCUUCAUACUAUCGUGGCGCACAUGGUAUCAUUGUUGUAUACGACUGCACGGAUCAGGAGUCCUUCAACAAUGUGAAGCAAUGGCUCGAGGAAAUCGAACGAUAUGCUUGCGAGAAUGUCAACAAGCUGCUGGUGGGCAACAAGAGCGAUUUGACCACCAAAAAAGUUGUUGAUCAUACCACAGCUGCGGAGUAUGCAGCUCAGUUAGGCAUUCCAUUUCUUGAAACUUCGGCCAAGAGCGCCACGAACGUGGAGCAGGCCUUCAUGACGAUGGCGGCUGAGAUCAAGAAUCGCGUCGGACCGCCGUCCAGCGCCACCGACAACGCUAGCAAAGUGAAAAUCGAUCAAGGACGUCCAGUGGAAAAGCCCAAUUCUGGUUGCUGCUGAAUAACUCUGAUUGUGAAUCAUUAUUUUAUUAUACAAUUAAACAAAAUUUAAAUAUAAUAAAUUAAAACGGAAAACACAACAACAACAACAAUAAAAGGAAUAACGAAAACGUAAUAACAAACCCUUAAUUAUAAUAUCGGAUUCUGUAAUAGCUCUUAAUGAUAUGAGGAUGCGUUUGAGUAUACUGAGUAGUAGAUGCGUUUGUAUGAUUCCGAUCCGUGGACGCGAGAGUACACACUUUAAGCAAAUAUACAUACAUACAUAUAUGUAAUAGGUAUGUAGCCAACCCAACAAAACUCCACACAUCCCGAACACACCCAUACCCACAUGGCCGAAUACUGAUACUAACCGUCUUUCUGAUUUCUGAACCGUUCUGUUCCAUAAGUAGUGCAAAGAUGCAAAACGGUGUAGCAAUUAACUUAAUCUAAAUCUAACCUAACUUAAGAGAGUUACUUAUCACAGCAGCGCGAAACGAUACUAACUAAAAUUCACACACAUGCACAGAUAUAGAUCCACUCCAGCAUACAUGAUGAUACGCGAGGGGAGAGCCACCAUCUGUACAUGGCUGCUGCUCCUUACAACUAUGUACUUUGUAUAUGUGUGCGUGUGUGUGUGUUUGAAACAUAUUUAUCUAUGGUGCUCGCCACUUGUCUCUGUCAUAUUUGAAAUUUUAUGUAAAUCAAAAGAACGAACACUUUUAGCAUUAACAAAAACAAAUUGUGUGUAUUUGUAUUUUCGAGUGACGCGAUGGAUUUGUGUAGGCACAUAAUUAGUGUAAUAAUGACGAUAUAACGAUGAAGUUUAAUAAAAAUUGCGUGAGCGUAAAA